AUGACAAGAUCUUGUCUCUCGGCCGCUCCUCGCAACACUCUUGUAUGCCCAUCAUGCUCACGGUCAUUCGGAGCAACAGCGUCUCAGUCCGCCGGGCAUAAUAAAUGGUCCAAGACGAAGCAUAUCAAAGCCGUCACCGACAAGAAGAAAAUGUCUGAACGAGUCUCAUUCACGAAGCUCAUCACCAUGUACUCCAAGAUGUAUGGGGAAGACAUCAGAUUCAAUCCACAGCUCGCAAACGCAGUUGCGGCAGCGACAAAAGCAAGCGUGCCAAAGGCGUUGAUCGAGGGCGCCAUUGCACGAGGCCAGGGUCGCUCUACAACCGGCGCACAGCUCGAGCCCAUGACGUUGGAGAUCCUUAUGCCCCCAAACAUUGCUCUGGUUGCCGACAUUGAAACGGACAACAAGACGCGCAGCUUACACGACCUCAAGUUCGUAGUCAAAAAGGCCGGCGGACUGGUGGGAUCGACGGCAUUCUACUUCUCAAGACGCGGGCGAGCCGUGUUCAAACCCAGGGACGACGGCCCUUCCUUAUCAGAUGUGCUGGAAGAGGCAGUCGAGCACGAAGGCACCGAAGACGUCGAAGAGGACGCUGAUGGCAACUACGUGAUCUGGACGGAGCCAUCCAAGCUCAUGGCCAUCACCGAGGCCAUUUCCAAGCGCUUUGAGCUCGAGGUGGUCGAGUCCGAGAUCAUGUGGGCCGCGAAUGAAGACACCAAGGCCGAUGUCGACUCGCCUGAGCUGGUGGAAAGCUUAAACGUCUUGCUCUCCGGUCUGCGAGAGUACACUGAAGUCAGGGCACUCUUCGCCAACAUUCGUCAGGGAGCCAUCACGGACGAGGAAUGGGACAAGCUGGAGAGGCACAUAGAUAUAUAG